UCUCUCUCUCUCUCUCUCUCUCUCUCUCUCUCUCCCACUCUUUCUUUCUUUAGUCUGCCCAGUGAAAGACAGAAAGACGAGAGGAGCAGGAGGAGCAGGAGGAGGAGGAGUGAGAAACAAAUCCCUUCACAGAUGAGAGAGAAGGAUAUGUGGACUUUUAUCUACUGAUCCCAGAAAUCUGAAGCACUUAAUGAAGAUGCCAGAGGCCUGAGUGAAAGCCCUCCACCAGAGAGCGUGUGUUCCAGGGCUUGGGCUGGACCCAGAGACCCCCGCCUCGGGGCUGAAGGGCCCUCACAGCCCUGCAGUGUAAGCCUGGACCAUGGGGGAUGGAGGCGCCGGUGCGACAGGAGGAGAUGGGGUGAACCUCUCCCACGUCCUGUUCGACAAGUUCACCCAGGGGAGCACGUUCAAGGGGACGCUCAAGGCCUUCCAUGACCUCUGUGAGCACCUGGAGGUCAGGCCCACUGACUCCAAGAUCUUCUAUCACAAGCUCAAGUCCAAACUCAACUACUGGAAGGCCAAGGCACUCUGGGUCAAGUUAGACAAGAGGGCCAGCCAAAAGGAGUAUAAGAAGGGUCGUGCCUGUGCCAACUCCAAGUGUGUAAUCAUUGGUGCGGGGCCAUGUGGCCUCCGUACAGCCAUCGAGUUGGCUUUCCUGGGCGCCAAAGUGGUGCUGCUGGAGAAGAGAGAUGCCUUCUCCAGGAACAAUGUGCUGCACCUCUGGCCCUUCAGCAUCCAGGACCUCAGGGGCCUCGGGGCCAAGAAGUUCCAUGGGAAGUUCUGUGCUGGUGCUAUCGAUCAUAUCAGUAUUCGUCAACUUCAGCUAAUGCUGCUCAAAGUGGCUCUCCUGCUAGGCAUCGAGAUCCAUGUCAACGUAGAGUUCAGGGGUCUUAUUGAACCCCCCGAAGAUCAAGAGACUGAAAGGAUAGGCUGGAGGGCUGAGGUCCACCCUAAGACACACCCUGUCAGCGAGCUGGAGUUUGAUGUCAUCAUUGGAGCAGACGGCAGGAGAAACACGUUACCAGGGUUUCGGCGUAAGGAGUUCCGGGGCAAGCUUGCAAUUGCCAUCACCGCUAACUUCAUCAACAGGAACACAACGGCUGAGGCGAGUGUCGAGGAGAUCAGCGGUGUGGCCUUCAUCUUCAACCAGAAGUUCUUUCAAGACCUCAGAGAAGCAACAGGUGUUGACCUGGAAAACAUUGUCUACUACAAGGAUGACACGCACUACUUUGUGAUGACUGCCAAAAAACAGAGCCUGCUGGAGAAAGGAGUCAUUCUGCAUGACUAUGCAGACACGGAGAUGCUGCUGUCCAGAGCCAACGUAGACCAGGCGGCGCUGCUGUCUUAUGCCCGUGAAGCUGCCGAUUUCUCCACCAACCACCAGCUGCCCACACUGGACUUCGCCAUCAACCACUACGGCCAGCCGGAUGUAGCCAUGUUCGACUUCACCUGCAUGUACGCCUCUGAGAACGCGGCCAUGGUGCGCCAGCGCAAUGGCCACGAGCUGCUGGUGGCGCUGGUGGGAGACAGCCUGUUGGAGCCCUUCUGGCCCAUGGGCACUGGCAUUGCUCGAGGUUUCUUGGCAGCCAUGGACUCGGGCUGGAUGGUGAAGAGCUGGGCUCAGGGAAAAACCCCCCUGGAGGUGCUGGCUGAGAGGGAGAGUAUUUACCGUCUCCUGCCCCAGACCACUCCAGAAAACAUCAGCAAGAACUUCAAUCACUACAGUGUGGAUCCAACCACACGGUACCCCAACAUCUGCCUUAACUUCCUCAAGCCCAGCCAGAUGCGGAAUCUCUUUGAUACCGGGGAGCCGCGGGAAAUGCGCAUUGAGAUAGAGAAUGUUAUCAACACGUCGACACCCAAGUUGGCCCGGAAUGAAAAUUGCCUGCUUGACAAGCAGUUGCCAGAAUCCAUCGCCCGAUCGAGUAAACUGCUCAACUGGUGCCAGAGACAGACGGAUGGCUACAGGAACGUUCACGUCACAGAUCUGACAAUGUCCUGGAAGAGCGGUCUGGCCCUGUGUGCCCUCAUCCACCGAUACAGACCGGAUCUCAUCGACUUUGACUCGCUGGACGAGCGAGACCAGCAGAAGAACAACCAGUUGGGCUUCGACGUGGCGGAGAAGGAGUUUGGCAUCUCGCCCUGCAUGACUGGCAAGGAGAUGUCCUCUGUGGUGGAGCCAGACAAGCUCUCCAUGGUCAUGUACCUCAGCCAGUUCUAUGAGAUGUUCAGGGACACAGUGCCACCCGGAGAUAAACACAACAUGAGCCCUGAGGAGAAGGCAGCACUGAUAUCCAGCACCAAGUCUCCCAUCUCGUUCCUGAGCAAACUCGGUCAGAGCAUAGCGAUAUCCAGGAAACGAAAUCCAAAGGACAAGAAAGAGAAGGACGUGGACGGUUUGGGGAAGAGGAGGAAGACGAGUCAGUCUGAAGACGAGGAAUUAUCCCGGACCGGUCGUGACGACAGGCCGUCCAUCCCCGCUCUGUGUGAGAGAAAAGUGGAAUCUGCUGCCGUGGGGAACAGCAACAAAGUCAAGGUCAUGGCCACCCAGCUGCUCGCCAAGUUCGAGGAGAACGCCCCGGCCCAUUCCAGCGGACUCAAGCGACAGGGCUCCCUCAGGAAGGAGUUCCCCGUCAACCUGGGCGGCAGCGACGUCUGCUUCUUCUGUCGAAAGCGCGUCUACGUGAUGGAGAGGCUGAGCGCCGAGGGGAAGUUCUUCCACCGCAGCUGCUUCAAGUGCGACUACUGCAACACCACGCUACGCCUGUCCUCCUACGCCUUCGACGUGGAGGAUGGGAAAUUCUACUGCAAGCCCCACUACUGUUACCGUCUGUCAGGCUAUGCUCAGAGAAAGAGGCCUGCUCCCUCCCCAGCUCCAAACGAAGCCAAGGAGAACCAGUCGCCCAAAACCCCCACCUCGGCCGUAGAUGCCCCCGGAAGGGCUAUGGCAGCGGUGACCCCCUCGUCCGAGCUCCAGCCCUCAGCCCUGGAGGUCAAUGGACUUCAGGAGCCAGUCCUGGCCAAACGCCUACGUGGAACUCCAGAGCGCAUCGAGCUGGAGAACUACCGUCUGUCUCUGCAGAAGGAGGAGGAGCUGGAGGAGGUGCCUGAGGAGACGCUGGCGGAGCACAACCUCAGCAGCGUGCUGGACAAGGCCAGAGAUGCCGACCUGGGCUCCAGUAGCUCAGAGUCCGACAUGGAUGAGGAGGACGAGCAGGAGGAUCAGGACCAGGAUCAAGAUCAGGAUCAGGAUCAGGACCAGGACCAGGAACAGGACCAGGAGGAGGAUCUGCAGCAUGAUGCUACCAGUCCCUCAGAUCUCGGUGGCGUUCCUUGGAGGGAGGCGGUGGAGCUCCAUGCUAAACUUAGGGGAGACUGUGAUGAGGACGAGGAGGACGAGGCUCUGGGCGACGCAGUCAGCAGGGACGGUGAAAUAGAUGAAGAGGAGGAUGAAGAGGAGGAUGAAGAAGAUGAGGAGUCGAGUGAAGACGGGGAUUACUGCCCCUGGGACAGAGAGCUGCAGUCUGGCCUCUGGCUGGAGAAGCACCUGAAAGACGAAGAUGAUGUUGGUACAUUUAAAGCCAGGAACCUGCUGAUCCAACAGAUCCUGCAGCCUGUGGAUCCCCAGGCCAUCCACCUGGAGUCCGAGGGAGGGAAGGACUUGACCUCCCAGCUCUCCCAGCUCUCCCAGCCCUCUGCGCUCAUUCAGCCCUCCUCCACAGCACCUGCCCACACAUCCACCCGACACGAGGCAGUGAGAGUCUGGUUGGAGUCCAUGUCUGGAGAGCCCGGUGAGGAUGAGGAGCUGGAAGCAGAAGCAGACAGCCAGGAUGUGGAGCCUGGUACAGAGAUGGAUCAGGAGGACAUCCCUUCAGACGCAGAAGCUGAGGCUCGUUUGCACCAAUCAGAGAACACUGAAGCACUUCCUGCAGAAGACAGGAAACCUGGAAGUGUGACAGUGUCCUCCAGCGUUGAACCAUCAGGCACCAACCCACUGCAGAAAGAAGAUGUUGUUCUUUCCCCUCUCAAACUGUCACCACAGCCUGAGACACAGACUCUUCUCCUGAAGUCUCCUGGCAGCCGCUUCUUCCCAGAUCCGUUCAUACCCGAGGAAGCCACGGCUGAGAGGACAGUUCCUUCACCAGCAGCCAGGAGCCCGCUGUUCCCUUCACCUGUCGCUCCUCCUGCUGCUCCUGCCGCUGCUGCUUCUCCUGUCAGUGUCUCUGCCUCGUCGCCCCCCAGCUCUCCCACCAAAUCACCUGUCGCCUCCCUGCUCAACCCAGCAAUCAGAUCACCUGUCAGAUCCCCCGCCACAUCACCUGUCAGCUCACCGAUCUGCUCCCAGCCCACCUCCCUGCCGGAGACGUGCGCUCCUAUAUCUCCUGUCUUCCCCCACCGCUCCAUUUGCCCUCUCACAGGAAACCCCCUCUCCCCGAUCUGCGCCCAGCCGCUGCCUUGUCACGAACCGUCAUCGCCACUCGCCUCAGAUUCUCCCGUCAGGACUCAGCCUGUCCCCGCAGUCACCUCCACGCCCAUGAACAAAACUGACAAGGGCUCGCCGGAGUCCUCGAGGUCCGUGGAUUCCUCAACGGAGGAGACUCCAUCCAAAAAGACAGAUAUCAUUGAGGAGUUUUGGUUAAAGAGUGCAGAGAUAAGAAAGAGCCUCGGUCUGACUCCUCUGGAUCGCAGUAGUAAAAUCUUCGAGAACAGCGUCGUUAAUGCUCCGGCAGAGGAGCCCACCCCGGUCAGGACGCAGUCUCCUGAGGUGUCUGAGGAGCAGAAGCCUGCCCCCGCUGGUCGCGCUGUCAUCCGCAGACUCAACAUCACCCUGGAGGGUCAGGUCAUUACGCCUCUAGCUCCCGCGGAGCCCAAGAGUAAUGGCUCUGAUAAGAGGGACCUCAGCAGCAGCUCCGGAUUGGGGUUGAACGGGAGCCUCCCCACGAGCCAGACGGUGAACAGCGACAUGUCUGAUUCCACCAUGCUCACCCCGCCCUCCAGUCCACCGCCACCUGUGCCUGCAAAUCAGUCUCCAGCGGUGCUCAGGCAGCAGAAACACCAAGUGUCCUGGAGCAACGGGAUGGAAAAGCUUCCACUGGAGCGUGCCAAAGAGCCGGCGAAGACCAAGACUCCUGUUCCUGCGCCGAGGACCCAGCUGAGCCCCGUGCCGGUGCCCAAGCCUGCACCCAGGAGACUCUCAUCGCUCCAGGCAGAUCCAGAACCAGCUCCUCCGGUGGUUGUUGUUAUGAGAGAAAAGAAGAAGCCUCGACCGGUGGAGGCGAGGAAGUCGUUUGUGGAGACGGUGGAGGAGAUUCCGUUUGCCGACGACGUGGAGGACACGUAUGACGAGCGCACGCCAGAAACGAGCAUGAACAGGUAUUACACCCCCCCCACCAGCAAGCCCAGCAGAGAGAAGCCUCCUCUGCAUCUGGCUCUAGCGAUGGAAAACGGUAAACCUAACAUCCCGGGAGCUCCUAAGACACAGAGGGCAACCCGAUUCUCUCCAGAGGCCAAGGAGAUCGCCGAGGAGAGAAUUCGAGCCAGAGAAAAGUCUAUAAAGAGCCAAGUGCUGAAAGACGCCAUGGCCAAGCAGCUGAGCAAAAUGAAAGAGUCCGACGUUGACAAGGGUGCCCAGCCGAAAGUGGCCUGGAGCAUAACCCCAGAUGUCGUGGGGAAAAGUAAAAAAUCUGCCGUGUCGCCGAGGACAUCGGCCGUGAAAUCCCUGGAGUCCAAGAAGGCAGAGACUCUGCCGGAGCGUUUCUUCAGCAGCAACAAGAGCCUGGACAGCUCGGCAGCUUCCUCCGACGGCUCCGCCACGAGCAAGAGCAAGAAGCGCAGCUCCCUCUUCUCCCCGCGCAAGAACAAGAAGGAGAAAAAGGCCAAGAACGACAGCAGCAGGCUCUCGGCCACCGAUGAGACGCCGCCCAAACACAAGUCGCUGUGGAAGGCCGUGUUCUCGGGGAUCAAGAAGGACAAGAAGAAGAAGGAUGACAAGUCGUGUCCGAGCACGCCGUCGUCCAGCUCCACCACGCAGGACUCUGGGAAGAAGAGAAGCUCCUCUCCGGGAAGAUCAUCAGACUUGAAAACACGCAGGAACUUGAGCUUCUCCGAGGACUCGGACCUGUCCUGUGACGACGUCCUGGAGAGAUCCUCCCAGAAGUCGAAGGCAGAUCGGCAUAUGGACAUCUUUGACCUAGUGUCAGACAUUCACAAGGAGGCGAUAAAGGAGGAGAAACUGGAGAAGGAGAGGAGGAGGAGGGAGUUUAAGGAGAAAAAGAGGGUGACAGAGAGGCAUAAGGAGAGAGAGCGGGAAAAAGAGGUUGAACUGGAAAAGGACAAAGACAACGAGGAGUCUGUUUAUGUUCCUCACGCGCUGGCGUUCAAGAGAUCGUACGCCACGAAGAAAACCUACACGGAGGAGGAGCUGAACGCCAAGCUGACGCGGAGAGUCCAGAAAGCUGCGCGGCGACAAGCCAAGCAGGAGGAGCUCAAGCGGCUGCACAGAGCCCAGAUUAUCCAGAGGCAGUUGGAGCAGGUGGAGGAGAAGCAGAGGCAGCUGGAGGAGAGGGGCGUCGCUGUGGAGAAGGCUCUGAGAGGAGAAGCAGACUAUUGGGGAGAUUCUAAUUACAGUGAAAUCCUGGACUUGCAUCUGGGCGGCAUGGGCAAGAAGGACGAUCCCAAACUAAUGCAAGAGUGGUUCAAGCUGGUGCAGGAGAAGAACGCCCUCGUCCGCUAUGAGUCCGAACUCAUGAUAUUUGCCAGAGAGCUGGAGCUGGAGGAUCGACAGAGCCGCCUGCAGCAGGAACUCAGGGAGCGGAUGGCUGUGGAAGACCACCUGAAGGCAGAAAAGGAGCUCGCUCAGGAGAGGCAGAUCCUGAACGAGAUGCUGGAGGUGGUGGAGCAGCGCGACGCCCUGGUGGCCCUCCUGGAGGAGCAGAGGCUUCGGGAGAAAGAAGAAGACAAGGACCUGGAGUCUGUCAUGCUCUCCAAGGGCUUCAACCUCAACUGGGCCUGAGGACAGAGACAUAACCUGCUCGUCGGGGUUCGGAGAAAGAACGAUUGGCGUUCUCAGCCUCGCACGCAUCGUCUUUGAUCACGUCUGCCUAAAAUCAAGACUCGGGCAGUUGGUGUCAAACUGUCACACCUGCAGCAGUGAAUGUGUAAAGAUUAUACCCGACACAACACACAGGAACACUAUGGCUGCCGCUGACUUUGCAGCAGUCUGUCACGUUUACAUAUCCACCGCCCAGAGGCAGCCCCGGUUAUUCACUCUGCAGUUUUUGCUUGCGCUCUCUCCCUCUGUAAGGGGGAGAGAGGCAAGUUCUUUUUCCUCCACAACUUUAUCAUCACAGCCUUGAAGUGUAUCCCCUCAUGCGUAGGGGGGGGGGGGGGGGGGGGGGGUGCUUUGGGAGAAUGUUUAAAGACUUGUUUCAUUCUCGAUUAUCUAAAGGGAAGAGUGCAGUUUGGUCCUGCUGAUGUUAAAGGAACUGUAAAGAGUUGUGUUUUCUGUGUACAGCCUUGUAGCGCAAGUCACGUUUUCAGCAGAUGAAGGUGUACUUUGCUCUCACUGCAGACGCGUGUGUGUCUGUGUGUGUGUCUGUGUUUGUGUAAAUGCUCAGUCUGACUGUCGGAAGGACAUCCUCUGCUGAAGCUGCCUUUCCAUCCCAUGACAAACUGACUUCUGCUUCCUAAUGAACCACAGACACCAUGUUUCUCUUCCCCCCCCCCCCACAGCGUUAAGUGAGUCGACACAAAGAGCCCAUUCAACAUGGCCACAUUUUUAUAUAUUUAUGAAUUUUGUGUUUGUUUGCUUUUAACAGAAAAAGAUUCUUUCUUUCUUUUUUUUAAAAAUGUACAUUAACAGGAGAGUGCCCAGAAUUUCAUUACCUUGCACUUGUGCAUGACUCCCAGGCCCCCCCGUCAGCCACUGCAUGUCAGGAAUGAAGGUUGUAGGAACAUAGAGGAUCCUCACAACGUCUCUUAUAGCUACACACACACAACACGGACUUGUACUUUCUAUGAACAUUCAAGCACGACACGUGACUGGACUGUGACGGGCCUCUCUGUGAGAAGCCGGUCACUGUGCAUCACACCGAUCCGUUAACGUUUACAAAUACUCAUCCAUGUUUGUUUUUUGGGGGAUUUCUAUGUUUCCUGCUUUAGGCAAACUUAAAGAUUUAACUUGUAAAGAACAAAACUGUCUUCAGGUUGAAAUGAGUUUCUCCCACGUGUUCUCACUGUGAUGUCGUCGUUCAUAAAUCUGAUUUCACUUUUGUUUAAUGGGAGAUUAUUGUAGCUCACAUUACUCAGUUUGUGCCACAGGACUGUCGUUGAGUGUGGUUUGAAUCUGCAACAUCAACACAACAGCAGCGUACACACACACACACACACACACA